AUGCAGUUGAAAAAAAUGAGGGAAAUUUUACCAAGAUUGUACCCUGGCCAAGUUAAUGAUAAAAAUAGUUCCUUAACUACAUCCCCAAGGCAAUCUUCUGAGGAUAAAACAAAUCUGUCAAAAGGGGGUGAUCAGAACUGCUGUUACCGAGGGACUGAGGCUGAGAACAGUAAAUUGUCACUAAUAAGCUGUAUAAAAUGCAGAAGUGUUCAGAAAAUUUCAAUGCAAGAUAUAGAAAAGCAUAAGAAUCUUGGGUGGACUGAAGAUAAACAUUUCAUCUGCAAGAAGUGCAGUCAUGUUACACCACCAGCUUUGCAUUUCGUUCCUGAGGGUGCCAAUGCUCUAGACUUUGAAAAACGUGAAAAAAAAUGUCCAAGUAAAACCCAGAAGACAUUUAAAGUUAAAAACUUUCUGCCAGGUAAAUACUACUGUGAUAAAUGUAGAUUUUCAACAAAGGAUCCUUUACAGUAUAAAAAGCACAUAGGUCAACAUGAAGAAAUUAAAUUUAUUUGUUCCCACUGUAACUGCAUAUCCUACACUAAAGGAGAAUUCCAGAGACAUUUGGUGAAACACACUGGAACUUUUCCAUAUCAGUGUGAAUACUGUGAAUAUGGUGCUGUUAGACAUGACUAUAUCGUAAAGCAUACGAGAAGAGUGCAUGCAAUGCCCACAAAAAGGCCGUCAAAUACUAUCAUAAACCACAAGCAAAAGAAGCCAAGUCAAAGCACUUUAUCUGAAAAGCAGAAAUACAAUAAAAUUCCAUUUCAGAAUAAACUUUCACAUUCGUCUGCACAUCUAGUUUGUGACAUUCCAGGUAAGGCAGCUAAAACAGUCUCUUCAUCUCAUGAUGUAGAGUGCAGUGUAAACACAGCAUCAGACCAGGGUAAAGCAACAUUGGAGGCAUCUGAGAUGAGCGGGUGCGAGAAUCAAAGUGUGGAAGUUGAGGUUUAUUCUCCAAAGACAGAGCCCUUACAACCUGGAAUGCCUUUAACCGUCGUUGCUCCAUCUGAAUUUGUAGUUCCUUCUAACUGUUUGGCUCAGAUAGUAGAGAUUAAAAUAGUGAAUGGAACACAACAGCUGGUUCUUAAACUAAUUCCUAUGAAAGAAGCAACUUGCAAACCUGUAAACAGUGCUGAAGAGCAGCCUGAGAAUCAAGGUAUAGAACGAUCUGCAGAAGGGAAAAAAACAUCAUCAUCCGUGUCUCAAAAUGAGUUACUAACCAUGGAAGUGAAUGUAGACAAAUUAUCCAGAGUUAGUAACCAGCUUAAUUUGGAUAGCACACAUGACAUGAAUUCAGAAUAUCUUUGUUUUUCUGAUUCUCAACUCUCAGACUGCAACUCUGUAUCUGUACAGAGGGAAGAUGAGUCCAAAUUAUGCUUUCAUUUGGUGAAAGGUAUUGAUGUCCAUUCAGGUGUUAUAGAACUUUGUUCUCCAUCUCUGUUAAAUAGUACUGAAAAAAAAAGGGAUUUUAAAUCCUCAAGGUGGGAAGUAGAUGGAAAAAAUAACUUACAUUAUGACUUGUAUUGUUAUGAAGAAGGUGUGGAUAUAUCCUCUCCAAAAUAUGCCACUGUUUCUGAAGAUAAAAGUUCCAAUAAAAUUUCAGUAGUGGCUCCUCAGGGAGGCAAAAAUUCUUCUGCAGUCCUUAAACAAAAGGAUGCAUUACCUCUAAAGAGGAAUAACAAAGAACGUAGGAGUGUACCUGCCAGCUCUACAGAAACACAUUUACCUUGUAAGGGUUUUGAUAAAAAAUACGUUGCAUCUUCUGAAGCAGGAAACAACUUUCAUGUCACUAAAACUCCGCCUUCUGAGGAUGUGACUUUUGGCUUUAGCAAAGUAAAGAGAGCUGAAACUGUAAGUCAAAAGAACAGUCAUCUUCUGGAAUCAUUAGAAGUGCAGAAGAUGGAAAAUAAAGGCAACAAUUUUGAGGGACCUGUGAUUUCGUCUGUAUUUUCUCUUAGCUCUGGAGCUGAAAAUGUUCCAGAGGGUGUCAGAUGGGAUGACACAACAUACAGUAAGAAAUCGGCAACAUUGCUGUGUAGAAAGAUUGCUCAGAUCAUGUCUGCUGCUGAAUCUAACAUGAAAUCCAUGCCUUUGAGAUGUCAGGCUUCUGGUAAAAAGGUGCUUUUCCGCCAGGAAAAUUCAGCAAGGUGCGAGAGAAUUGUUUCUGCCACUGAAGUGGAACAGUCUGCCUCUUUGUCUCAAGUGAGUGGUGGAAACAGUGUGACUAGCAGUGAAGAGCAUAGUAAUGAUCACUUGCUUACAUUUACAAGAACAUCUAAAAGCAGGGUAACUAAAAAUUCCCAUGUUGCCACUCCAGUGUUUAUCCCCAAAGGAACAAAGCUGAGAGUGCUGAAUGCCGCUAGCAGUCAAAACUCUGACGGAAUAGAAGAGAGAAGUGAAACAUCAGGUACUUCUGCCUAUUGCAAUGAAAUGUUUCUGCCUCGCCCAGUUCCUGUCAGUGUUUCGGAGCCACCUAGCAGUAAUUUGCCCUCUUUGCCCAAUCCGAGCGACCUGAACGCUGAGUCCCGAAGUAUAUCGCUCAGGCAAAGACCAAAGCGAGAGGCAGGUGUUAAAAAUAAUAGCAAACAAACUGGUGUGCUGUUUCAGAGAAGCAGUGGUGUGAGUAAGCAAAGCAAACACUAUUCAAAAAGUCAACUAGGUCCCAAAAAUAAAGCAAAACAAGCAAGCUUCAGAGAACUUCCUAAAAGGAAAACAAGAACUCGGUUGGAAACCAGUUCAAGUUCUGACAUGUCUUAUCUGUUGACAGCAAGACGUCUUCGGCUUGUCCCUCUGAGAAUGAAUCAGUUGAUAAAAUGCCCUCGUCGUAACCAGCCAGUUGUGGUGCUAAACCAUCCUGAUGUUGACUCGCUAGAGAUAAUUAAUGUCAUGAAGACUAUAAACAAGUAUAAAGGUCAAGUCCUGAAAGUAGUUCUGUCAGAAAGGACAAGUAGUUGUCUUGGUAUCAAACGUUACAGAAAACGUCUUACUCUUCAGAAUGUUGAGACAGGAAACCAAGCAAAAAAGCAGAAUAUGCUAAAAAUGAAACUAAAAAAGACCCAUAAAAACAACUACCAGGUGGUAGAAACUUCACCAGCUGAAAGACUCCAGUGUCUGUUUAAGUGCUGGUUUUGUGGAAGAGUAUACGUGGACCAAGAAGAAUGGAUAAGUCACGGACAGAGGCACUUAACAGAGGCGACCAAGGGUUGGGAUGUUCUUUCUCUGCGAGCAAAAAAGAAUUAA